UGGAGGGCAUAAGGUAUCUAGAAAGAAGCUGCAAUUUUGCAAGCAACAGGUAGAAUACCUAGGCAGAGUGAUAUCCAAGGGAGCGAAGGCGACGGCGCCGGAUCUAAUUGAGGCUCCUAAACCCCAGACAGUGGGGCAGAUCAUGACGUUUCUGGGACUAACAGGAUAUAGUUCAGAUUGGAUUGGGGAAUGUGCUGAAAUUGUAACGCCACUAAGGAAAAUAAUGAAGGAAGCGGGACAUACAAGCUUGAGGAAUAGUCUACAGUGGAAUGAGGAGGCGGAAGUGGCUUUCAAUACUAUUAAACAGGAAUUGCUGUCAGCCCCAGCAUUAGCUUUGCCUGACUACGAGAAGGUCUUUCGUCUGAACGUAUCCAACCGACAGGAAGGUUAUGCCGCAGCAGUUCUAACGCAGGAGACUGGCACAGGAAAAACAGAAAGAGCCGGAGACCGUUCAAGGAGAAGGACCAAUCAAGCCAGACGAUCAGGUCUACGUGUGAGCAUCUCAAAGAAAGUGGAAUGAACCAAGAAGGGAAGGGCCCUUUACAGUAACCAAAGCAUCACCCACUGCAGUUCAAGUGGAAGGGCACUCCACCUGGUAUCAUCUCAAUCACUGCACUAGAGCAAUCCCGCAGGUACAGUCAGGUGGGCCGCCCGAGGUAAGUGGUGAAGAGGACCAAACAGUAGGGGACAGACACGAGGAACAAGAAGCUGAUACUGAACCGCAGGAACUUGACCAAGUAAUAAGGGAAUUUUUUGGUCCUGAGGACAGGCCCGAAGACCCUAAGGAUGGGGUUAUGUAUGGUAGUACUCUUUCAGAUAAUGGGGACGACUUGGGGGCGACCAGUCUCGCCCCUCGGGAUGAUACACUCAGAUACUCUUGUGCAGACUUGGAGACCAUUAAUUUGGCAGAUGUGGCAUGGGAUUGUUAGGAUCCCACAAAACCGGAGAGAAAGGAGUAAGAGGAGCACAACA